UUGUGCAGCUGCCAAAUCCUGGCAGCCCCGCGCAGGCACCAGCACCACUGCCAGGGUCUAGGGGCACCCUAAAACCUCCAAAAAAAAAAGAGGAAAAGCGUCAGUUUUUCCGCCAGUGCUUCCCAGUGUGCCGCCAGCCUCACACACGGAGAGGGGGGGGUGGCACAGCCAGGUGGUGAAACCCCCAAAAAGCUUGAUGGGAGAUGUGGAGCCGCUCCCCACCCUGGGUUGGAGGGCAAGCAGCCCCGAUUUCUGGGUGAGGAGCCCGUUGAGAUCCCCGCGUCCCUCGGCACAAGCGGUAAAAAUAAACCUCGCCUCUGCCUGGCUGGCACCCAAACCGCAUCCGCAAAACGCAGACUUGGAUCAUGAAUAUAAGUGAAGACUUUGACGUCAGAGUUGAGAUUUAUCAGCAGAUCCAAUGGGGCAGGAAUAUUAAGUGCGAGUCGAUGCCAGCUAUCUGCCAACGUUAUUAGCAAUGCUCGCCGAGGAAUGAGGCUUAACACCAAGGACUGGGAAGGAAAAAAUAAAAACGGGGGGAAGCAAGCUGAAAUUCAAGCAUUAAAGCCAGCGAUGCUGCACGGCCCCGCCGCUAUGGGGGAGCCGUGGCAGCCGCAGCAGCCGCAGCAGCCGCAGCAGCAGCAGCAGCAGCAGCGGCUCCCGGGGCUCGGCAACGCCUCGGAGCCCAGCGCCUGGCCGGGGACGGCGGCCCCGGGGGGCAGCGGGCCCGGUGGGGCCGUGAGCCCGUGGGACAUCGCGUUGUGCGCAACGGGGACGGCGGUGGCGGGGGAAAACGCGCUGGUGCUGGCCGUGCUGUUCUACACGCCGAGCCUGCGGGCUCCCAUGUUCCUGCUGAUCGGUAGCCUGGCCCUGGCCGAUCUGCUGGCCGGGCUGGGGCUGGUGGCCAACUUCGCCGUGCGGUACCUGCUGCGGCCGCCCAGCGAGGCGGCGGAGCUGGGGGCGGCGGGGUUGCUGCUGGCCGCCUUCUCCGCCUCCGUUUGCAGCCUCCUGGCCAUCACCGUGGACCGUUACCUGUCGCUUUACAACGCGCUCACCUACCACAGCGAGCGCACGUUGGGCUUCACCUGCGCCAUGGUGCUGCUGAUGUGGCUACUGUGCCUGGGCGUUGGGCUACUGCCCCUCCUGGGCUGGAACUGCCUGCGGGACCAGAGCGCCUGCAGCAUCCUGCGGCCCGUCACCAAGGACAACGCGGCGGUGCUGGCCGUCACCUUCCUCCUCCUCUUCGCCCUCAUGAUGCAGCUCUACCUGCAGAUCUGCAAGAUCGCCUUCCGGCACGCUCAGCAGAUCGCCGUGCAGCACCAGUUCAUCGCCACGGCGCAGGCCACCUCCACCCGCAAAGGGCUCUCCACCCUCUCGCUCAUCCUCGGCACCUUCGCCCUGUGCUGGAUCCCCUUCGCCAUCUACUCUCUGGUGGCCGAUUCCAGCUACCCCGUGGUCUACACCUACUCCUUGGCUCUGCCCGCCACCUGCAACUCCCUCAUCAACCCCAUCAUCUACGCCUUCAGGAACCCCGACAUCCAGAAGUCGCUCUGGCUGGCCUGCUGCGGGUGCAUCCCCUCCACAUUCUCCUCCAGACCAAGGACAUCCAGCGACGUGUGAGGACCGAGCACGGAGCGACCCGCGCUCCCUCGCUCUCCUCCUCUUCUUCUUCUUCUGUCGUUAUUUUUUCCUACCGGGAGGAACCACACACCACCCCCCCCACACACCACCACCCCCCCUCCCCCCGGCCAGCACAUCUCGUUCCAUGAAAAGAUGGCCAAAAAGAGAAAAAAGGAAAAGGGAAAAAGAAGGGGGAAAGAAAGAGAGAGAGUAGAAUGAUAAUGGUUUCCUUUAGAAAUGUUAUUUUCUUACACAUUUUAUUUUUUAUUUAAAAACACAAAACACCAAAAAAAAAAAAAAAGAAAAAGGAAAAAAAAAAAAAAAAAAAGGAAAAAGGAAAAAAAAAAAAAAAAAAGAAAGAAGAUCUCCGUACAAUGACGUUUGUCUCCUCUCGGGGUAAGGAGCCAGGGGGGCAGUGGGCUUGCCGGCCGGGUGGCUUCCACCCCCCGGGGACAUGUCCCACGAGUGGCAGCGGCCGGGAAGGCCACAGGAGUGUGUGUGUGGGGGGUGUCGGGGCAGGGAGUCUGUUCCCCUCACGGUGGUGCUGGUCCCCACGCGUGGGGUUGUUAUGCGGGGCGCCCAUCCCCCUAAAAUCAGGUCUUGCAAUGCUAUGCAAUAA